AUGGGCAGUGUAUUCUUACCUCAUUUGCAAAGUGGUUGGCAUGUCGAUCAGGCUAUUGUCACCGAAGAAGAACGUCUCGUCGUCAUACGAUUCGGUACUGAUUCGGAUAAAAGCUGUAUGCUGAUGGAUGAGAUUCUAUACUCCAUUGCCCCUAAAGUGGUAAACUUUGCAGCGAUAUACAUAUGUGAUAUAAAUGAAGUGCCUGACUUCAAUGAGAUGUAUGAACUGUAUGAGCCCAUGACAGUGAUGUUCUUCUAUAAAAAUAAGCACAUGAUGUGUGACUUUGGAACAGGAAAUAAUAACAAGAUGAACUUUGUAGUAGAUGACAAGCAGGAGAUGAUAGAUAUUCUAGAAACUAUAUUCAGAGGAGCUAGGAAGAAUAAAGGUUUAGUGGUCUCACCUUAUGAUUACAAUUAUAAGAGAGUUCAGUGA